UUAUAUUAAAGUAGCUGAAAGCAGAGAAGCACAGAGAUUGACCAGAAUGGCUCCAGGUGGCAUCUACAUGAAGUGUGAAGAACCGGACACAGCUGAGCUCAAGAAAGACAACACAUUUGACAAGACAUCAGGGAAAAGAGGUGCUUUCCUGUUGCAGCGUUGCAGAUGUUAUUCGGAAGAAACAUCCAUAUCAGUCCUUUACAUUGCAACUGCAGUGCUGUUUCUGCUGUGGAUCAUAACUACCAUCGUUCUGACCGCAAAAUAUGCCAAGAUAGCCGAGGAACUGGAACGGUUGCAUGGUAAUCAGACUCUGCUGCAUGCAAAUGACACCCAGAUGCAGACGCAACUGGACAUGCUUCAUUCUAGUCAAUCCACCUAUGCAUCACAGAUGAAUAACAGCCUGAAGAGACUUGAAGAUCAUCAGACUAAACAAAAACAGGAUAUGACCACAGAGCUGCAGAAUGAGAUGAAAAAGAUCUGGGAUGAGAUGUUUAAACUAGAGAGUGGAUUUCAUAAACUAAAUGACUCAGCCUGCAAAAUGUGUCCAAAGGGCUGGCUGUUGAACAGAGGACAAUGCUACUAUUUUCACGAAGAGCAGACGCACUGGUCUUUAGCUGAAAAGUUAUGUACAGAUCAAGGUGGACACUUGGUUGUCAUCAAUGACGACCCUGAGCAGGCAUUUCUCAUAUCAAAGAAAAAAGCCACUGAAUAUUGGAUUGGUCUCAAUGAUAUGAAAACUGAAAAUGUGUUCACCUGGGUUGAUAAGAGUCCUCUAAAGUACACCCACUGGAUUCUAGGGGAGCCCAAUAAUCAUGGCCACGGUGAGGACUGUGUCGUGAUGCAAGAAAAUGGCUAUUGGAAUGAUUACAGAUGUGAAGCCUUGGUGGCCAGUAUCUGUGAAAAGCCAUGGAAUUGCCAAUAGUGGCCAGCAAGAAUAGAAUCCAAAAUGCAGAAGGUUUGUUCUUCGUGACUCUGGCCCUUGCUGAAACAGAUCUUCUAGCAGUGCAAACUCUGACACCUUCUGGGGGGCAAAUUAUUUCUACACAUGAAGCAAAGGCAAUCACAUUUAAGGUGGCAUAAACUUACAGUAACAAUAUCAUAUCUGAUUUUUAAUAUUUACAAAUAAAGACCAAUUUACUUCUAAGAUUGAAUCCCUGAGGGAGCACAACUAAGCAGGUCUACUCAAAAGUAAGUACCAUUUACUUAGUAAGUUCAAAAUGCUGAUGGUUGAAAAAGGCAAGCAACCUUUCCCAGCAAUAUAUUCCAUUUAGCUUGUAACAGCAUGUUAGCCAAAGGAAAAAAGUUCUGUCAAAAGGGGGUGUAAGAUAUGAGACUAAUGGUGAAGUUUGGGCACAUAUGAUUAUUCUUGUUCAGUUUUUUCAGUUGGUCAUUUGCUUAGAGAGAAUUUAAUGAAAAUGGUCCAUCAACGACAUCUCUCAAAAACUAGUCAAAAUUUGUAACAAUUUGGAGGGGAACUUUUGGUUUUGUGAUGCACAUAGAACAUUUUCUCCCAUAUGGUGGUUAUCU